AUGCUCUUCAAUUCAUUUUUGCGUAGCGUCUCAAAGUCGGCAUGUUUAAACAAAUCGUCAUCAAUAUAUUUUAAUAACAUUGCCCGUUCAUUCCAUUCUUCCAUAACACAAUGUAUUGAAACAAACUUUAUUAGUGAAAAACCAACAUUGAUGAAAGAAGAUUUUAAAUUAUCAGACCUCGAUAAAAAACCAAAUGUUACUUCAAGAGAAAGAAGGAGAAGAAGAAUUAUUUCUAUUGAAAAGAACAAGAGAGAACAAACCGGAGCUACCAGUCUCACUGAUGAAAUUUAUAACAAGAGACCAAUCAUAGAAUUUCCAAAUCGUUACUUUGCUCUCUACAUUCCUUCUGUAGUUAACAAGACAUCAAAAGUUGUUUUCCAUGUUCCUAUGGAUUAUACAAAGCCCGAAAUUAAGGAAUAUUUAGAAACAUAUUACGGUCUUAAAAUUAAAGAUGUAACUACAAUGAUCACUCAAGGAAGACUUAAACGUAGUAGAAAAGUUAGAGGUGUCAUGGAAAAGGAGCCAGAUUUCAAGAAGGCUACUGUAACUUUAUAUGAACCAGUAGAUUUGGGAUUCAGUGAUGAAUUGAAGAUUGAAUUGGCAAGAAACUAUGAUAAGCGUUUGAAUGCCAAACUCAAACAAGCCAGAGAAGCUGCCGAAAAGAUGAAGUCUGAAUCUGGAGUCAAUAACGAAAAUGAGGCCUCUGAAGAAGAGCAAAUGAAACAAAUGGAAGAAGCUCACAAACAAAUGGAAGAAGCCAAAGCCAGAGCAAGACAAAAUAAGGAUCAAGCCGCUGAAGCUGUUGAAGUGAAGGAUAAAUAA